AUGGCUUCAGCUAGUUGUCAUCCAUCUGUCUUGGUUUUUGUCACUACUAUUUUUCUUGCAGCUGCUAUUGUGAUGAUCCCUACUUCAUGCACUGCACAACUCACUUCUGAUUUCUAUAAGCAAUCCUGCCCUCAGGCGCUGCAUAUUAUCAGAUCAGUUGUCAAGCACGCGAUUAAUCGUGAAAAACGCAUGGGAGCAUCGCUCCUACGUUUGCACUUCCAUGACUGCUUUGUCAAUGGGUGUGAUGGAUCAGUUUUGCUGGAUGACACAGCUAACUUCACCGGUGAGAAGACUGCGAACCCAAAUCUGAACUCAAUUAGAGGUUUUGACGUGGUCAAUGACAUUAAGGCGACUCUCAACAAAGAUUGCAAGGGAAAUGUGGUCUCAUGUGCAGACAUCUUAGCCGUGGCAGCUCGUGACUCCGUUGAGAUUUUGGGAGGUCCUUCCUAUUCCUAUGAAGUACAAUUGGGUAGAAGAGAUGCAAAAACUGCAGUCUUGAAUGAUGCAAACAGAGAUCUUCCGCCUCCUUUUUUCAACUUCUCUCAGCUUCUCUCCAAUUUUCAAUCUCAAGGACUAGACCUGAAAGAUCUGAUUCUCCUCUCAGGGGGCCACACCAUUGGCCAGGCUAGGUGCACCACCUUCAGGACCAGAAUUUACAAUGAGACCAACAUAGACCCCGACUUUGCAGCCUCGUUGCAAAAGGGUUGUCCUUCAAAUGGUGGUGACAACAACUUAGCACCGCUCGAUUCGACUGCAGCAAACUUUGAUACCGUGUACUUCAAGGCCUUACUGCAGAAAAAGGGUCUCUUCCAUUCUGAUCAGGAGCUCUUUAAAGGUGAUGGUAGUGACAGUGAUAAUCUGGUGCAGCAUUACGCUAACAAACCCCAGGAUUUCAAAACAGAUUUCGGGGCUUCCAUGAUCAAGAUGGGUAACAUUAAGCCUCUCACUGGUUCUGAUGGUGAGAUAAGACUCAAUUGCAGGAAAAUCAACUAG